AUGGCGAUGAAUACUGGAGGGAGGCUCGUUGCAGGAUCUCACAAUAGGAAUGAAUUUGUGCUUAUUAAUGCCGAUGAAAUUGGAAGGAUUAAAUCUGUUCACGAGCUAAGCGGUCAAACUUGCCAAAUUUGUGGGGAUGAGGUGGAGAUAACCGAUGAUGGAGAACUCUUUGUGGCUUGCAAUGAGUGUGCUUUCCCCGUUUGCAGAACUUGCUACGAGUACGAAAGGAAAGAGGGGAAUCAAACUUGUCCUCAGUGCAAAACCAGAUACAAGCGCAUCAAAGGGAGUGCUAGAGUUGAGGGUGAUGAUGAUGAAGAUGACAUUGAUGAUCUUGAACAUGAGUUCGAUUAUGGAGAUAUUGAGGACUCGGGCUUUCCUCAAAGUGCUGGUGCAAUGAACUCGGCCCAUGGUGGUGUUGCUGGGUCGAGUUCGAGGCCCGAUUCGUCUUCACAGGGUCUUGAGAUACCCCUUUUGACAUAUGGUGAAGAGGAUGCUGAGAUUGCGAAUAAUCAGAAUGCCAUCAUAUUACCUCCAUUCGCCAGUCAUGGGAAUGGUAUUCAUUCGACUCCAAACACAACAGCACCAUUGAAUCCCCGACCUAUGGUUCCAGAAAAAGACAUUGCGUUAUACGGAUAUGGAAGUGUAGCAUGGAAGGACCGUAUGGAAGAGUGGAAAAGGAGACAACAUGAUAAACUUCAAGUGGUGAAGCAUCAAGGAGGAAAUAAUGAUGGUGGGGACUUUGAUGGAAGUGACCCCGAUUUGCCUAUGAUGGAUGAAGGGAGGCAGCCGCUUUCGAGGAAAUUGCCGAUUGCUUCAAGCAAAAUUAACCCUUACAGAAUGAUAAUCGUUCUACGUCUUGUUGUUCUUGGCUUGUUCUUUCAUUAUAGGAUUUUGAAUCCAGUACCCGAUGCAUAUGGCCUUUGGUUGACAUCAGUUAUUUGUGAAAUAUGGUUUGCUGUGUCAUGGAUACUUGAUCAGUUCCCUAAAUGGUAUCCCAUCGAGCGCGAAACAUACCUCGAUCGACUGUCACUUAGGUAUGAAAAAGAAGGGAAGCCCUCGGAGCUAGCAGAUAUAGACGUAUACGUCAGCACUGUGGACCCCAUGAAAGAGCCUCCUCUGAUCACAGCAAACACGGUGCUUUCGAUUCUGGCCGUUGAUUAUCCAGUUGAUAAAGUAUCGUGUUACGUCUCGGAUGAUGGUGCUGCCAUGCUCACUUUCGAAGCUCUUUCCGAGACCUCCGAGUUUGCUCGUAAGUGGGUUCCCUUCUGUAAGAAGUUCAACAUCGAACCGCGUGCACCCGAGUGGUACUUCUCUCAGAAGAUUGACUAUCUGAAGAACAAAGUUCAUCCCGCCUUUGUUAGGGAGAGGCGUGCAAUGAAGAGAGAGUAUGAGGAGUUCAAAGUUCGGAUCAAUCGUCUCGUGGCCAUGGCAGAGAAGGUUCCGGAAGAAGGCUGGACAAUGCAGGAUGGAACACCUUGGCCCGGUAAUAAUGUCAGGGAUCAUCCUGGUAUGAUCCAGGUAUUCCUUGGUCAUGACGGUGUUCGUGAUAAUGAAGGGAAUGUGCUGCCUCGACUGGUUUAUGUUUCUCGUGAGAAGAGACCUGGUUUCGAGCAUCACAAAAAAGCUGGCGCAAUGAAUGCACUGAUUCGAGUUUCGGCAGUUCUUUCGAAUGCUCCGUACCUUCUGAACGUCGACUGUGAUCACUACAUAAACAAUAGCAAGGCUCUGAGAGAAGCCAUGUGUUUCAUGAUGGACCCCACAUUGGGAAAGAAAGUGUGCUACGUGCAGUUUCCACAGAGAUUCGAUGGAAUUGACAGGCACGAUCGAUAUUCGAAUCGGAACGUGGUGUUUUUCGAUAUCAAUAUGAAGGGUUUGGAUGGGUUGCAAGGGCCUAUAUAUGUUGGUACCGGUUGUGUCUUUAGAAGGCAAGCGUUGUAUGGAUAUGAUGCGCCUGCUAAAAAGAAGAGGCCUAGCAAGACGUGUAACUGCUGGCCCAAGUGGUGCUGUUUUUGCUGUGGGUCCCGAAAGAAAAGGAACGGUAAAACGAAGAGAGAUAAGAAGAAGUCGAAGUACAGAGAGGGUUCGAAGCAAAUACAUGCCCUUGAAACCAUUGAAGAAGGGAUUGAAGAGACAUCUACUGUCAGCCGACCCCUUAUCCCCCAAGAAAAACUUGAGAAGAAGUUCGGUCAGUCCCCUGUAUUUGUUGCUUCAACUUUACGGGAAAAUGGUGUUCUUGAGGCAGUUAGUUCCACAUCACUUCUGAAGGAGGCCAUCCAUGUCAUUGGCUGUGGUUAUGAAGAUAAGACUGAAUGGGGAAAAGAAGUGGGCUGGAUAUACGGCUCGGUCACAGAAGACAUCUUGACCGGAUUCAAAAUGCACUGCCAUGGAUGGCGUUCGGUUUACUGCAUGCCCAAGAGGCCAGCAUUCAAAGGAUCGGCUCCAAUCAACCUUUCGGAUCGUCUUCACCAAGUCCUCAGAUGGGCUCUUGGUUCGGUCGAGAUUUUCCUCAGCAAACACUGUCCGAUAUGGUACGGUUAUGGUGGCGGAUUGAAGUGGUUGGAAAGGUUUUCUUACAUCAAUUCGGUGGUUUAUCCAUGGACUUCUAUUCCCUUGAUCGUCUACUGUACUUUGCCGGCCAUUUGUCUUCUCACCGGCAAAUUCAUUGUCCCCGAGAUAAGCAACUACGCGAGCAUUGUGUUCAUGGCCUUAUUCGUCUCGAUUGCUGUCACGGGCGUGCUUGAGAUGCAGUGGGGCCGUGUCGGAAUCGACGACUGGUGGAGAAACGAGCAGUUUUGGGUCAUCGGAGGUGUAUCGUCUCAUCUUUUCGCGCUCCUUCAAGGACUCCUCAAAGUCCUUGCUGGCGUAAGCACGAACUUCACCGUCACUUCAAAAGGUGGUGACGAUGGCGAAUUUUCCGAACUUUAUGUCUUCAAGUGGACUUCCCUUCUAAUCCCACCAACAACGCUGUUGAUCAUUAAUAUUGUGGGUGUUGUGGUGGGAGUGGCGGAUGCUGUUAACAAUGGGUACGACUCAUGGGGCCCGCUUUUCGGGAGGCUGUUUUUCGCUGUGUGGGUGAUUAUGCAUUUGUACCCGUUUUUGAAGGGGUUGACGGGGAAGCAGGAUAGGAUGCCAACUGUCAUUGUUAUCUGGUCGAUUUUGCUGGCAUCUAUACUUACGCUCGUGUGGGUGAGGAUAAACCCGUUUGUGUCGAGGGAGGGGCCGGUGCUUGAGAUAUGUGGUUUAAAUUGCGAUGAUUGA